AUGCUAUCAAUUUAUUUUUACAUUAUAAUUUUAUUUUUUAUAAUUGGAAUAACACCAAAACAAAUUUUUGAAGAAUUUGAUACAAAUGGAAAACAAACAAAAGAUCAAGCAGAGGCUGCUUUGGAAGAGGCUUUGGGAGAGAUUCGUUUUCACGCUGUUGAAAACAAAAAUCGAGAAAAUGGAAUUUCAUUAUUAGAGUCUUCAAUGGAAAAUAGAGAGAAAUAUAAUUUAAACACAACAUUAUCCCCUUCAGAAGAUCAACAAAUAACCUCAGCACCCUCAAUUGUUUUAAUUAAUCCCCCAAUAGAAAUGCCAAAAUCAGUCCCAAUUGCUAAUUUUAUUGUUCAUCCAAACGAACAAAAACAACAACGUUCUCAACAAAAAUAUCAAAAAUUUGAAUUUAUGCCUCAUUUUGAUAGAGAAAUUUAUGAAUUUAUGGUACCUGAAGAACCACCAAUUUUAUUCGAAUUUUGA